AUGGCAGGACCUUAUAAUAAAAAACGGCCAAUUGAUGGCCGAGCACAGCGCCCUUUUAAGAAACAGAAAAGAAAGCAACGAUAUCACAGCGAGUCAGAAGAUGAGGCUACUGGAGACUUUGAUCCCGUUAACUUACUCGACUCGGACGACGAUAUUCACAAUGCAAAGGUGGACGAUGUUGGGGAUGCAGAGGAAGAUGCAUCCAGCUCAGAAGAUGAGCAGCCUGCGACGAGGAAAAAGAAGACAUUGAACACUAAAAAGGCUCAGAAGCCACCAGCCAAGAAGGCAAAGGAUGCGCCGUCUAGCGAUGAGGACGAGGAAGAAGAAGAAGAUGAUGAAGAGUCGUCCGACAUUGGUGACGAGGACGACGAGUAUGAGAUUGAGGGUGACGAUGACCUGGAGAAAAAGUCUAAGUCCAAGAGGAAUGACCCCACCGCAUUUGCGACGUCGCUGUCCAAGAUCCUGUCUACGAAAUUGUCAACGACAAAACGAUCAGAUCCCGUCCUGGCUCGUAGCACAGAUGCUGUCGAAGCCUCAAAAGCAGUCUUGGAUCACGCAUUAGAAGCGAAAGCUCGGAAGCAGAUGCGCGAUCAGAAGAGGAAGGCCCUCGAGAAGGGCCGUGUGAAGGACGUUCUUGUUGCUUCAAGAAACGAGACCACGGGAGACUUCGAGACAACCACAUCCGAGAUCAUGGAGACGGAGAGGAGACUCCGCAAGGUGGCACAGAGAGGUGUUGUCAAGCUUUUCAAUGCCGUCCGAGCGGCCCAGGUCGCCGCCGUGGAGGCAGACAAGGGAGUGAAGAAGGAAGGCGUUAUCGGCAUGAAUCAAAGAGAGGAAAAGGUCAACGAGCUGAGCAAAAAGGGAUUCCUGGACCUGAUAGCUUCGGGAGGUGGGGGAUUGAAGAAGACUGCCUUGGAGGAAGCUUAG